AUGGCUGCAAUCGUUCUUCCCGCUGCCAGAAGGCAUACUUCGACGGUUAUUGUCAUGCAUGGCUUGGGUGAUAGUGGCCACGGAUGGUCUUUUCUGGCCGACAUGUGGAAGGGCAAGUUCGAAGAAACUUCUUUCAUCUUCCCCAAUGCACCUGAGAUCCCCAUCUCUGUGAACAUGGGAAUGAAAAUGCCCGGCUGGUAUAACAUUAUGUCUUUCGAUGAUAUUCAGCAACACGAGGAUGAGGCUGGCAUCACCCGUUCGCAAGCAUACGUUCACUCUCUGAUCGCAAAGGAGAUCGAGAAGGGCAUUCCUUCCGAGCGCAUUGUCCUCGGUGGUUUCUCUCAAGGCGGUGCUAUGAGUCUUAUGUCGGGUGUCACUGCUCCCACACGCCUGGGCGGCAUCUUCGGCCUCAGUUGCUACUUGCUGCUCCGCGGCAAGCUCAGAGACAUGGUUCCCAGCGAGAGCCCGAACAAGCAAACCCCAAUCUUCAUGGGCCAUGGAGAUGCCGACCCGGUUGUUCGUUACGAAUGGGGCCAGAGCACUGCCAAAGUCCUUCAGGAAUGGGGCUGGAACGUCGACUUCAAGACAUACAAGGGUCUUCCUCACUCUGCUGCUCCCCAGGAGAUCAACGACCUGGAGCGAUACAUCAAAGAGAGAAUACCAGAUCUCGGCGACAAGCCUCUUCCCUCCAAGGCCUGA